AUGGAACACAUCUACCAAUUCCAACACUGGCUCUUCUUCAUUGGUCUUGGAAUGUUCCUGUCUCUUGCUCUGUCUGUGAAGGGCAAUGACAUGGAAGGUUCCAAUUUCGAAAACCGCACCACACUUCCCAGAAAGCUUCUGCUCUCUCCUGUUUCAGACAUUGGCGAUGGGACAAACAGGAUCGGACAAGACUGCUCAAAAGAAGAUAUUGUGGUCGUUCAAGACACAACGGUUCCACUUCCAAGCGGAGUUCCUGCUUUUACAGUUCAGAUCGUUAACGCAUGUACCUCAGACUGCAGCAUCGCAGAGAUCCACGUGAACUGUGGCUGGUUCAGCUCGGUCAGACUGGUUAACCCUAGAGUUUUCAGGCGACUCGACUACAACGAUUGUCUGGUCAACGACGGUCAACCUCUUGCUCCUGGACAGACACUCUCCUUUCAGUAUGCUAAUACCUUCUCUUACCCUCUCUCUGUUUCUUCAGUCUAUUGUUUCUGA